AUGUUGGGAGUAGGAGACACCUUGAAAAAUCUCAGUGCAUGCAAUUCCAAUUCUUCUUAUUCCCCUGAAGCCACAGCUGCUUUUGCCACUGCAAUGAUUCUCAUCAUGCUCUUCACCAUCUUUGGGAACAUCCUGGAGAUCAUCGCUGUCCUGACCAUCCCGUUCACCCUGGCCAAUGAGCUGAUGGGCUACUGGUACUUCGAAUUGUUUUGGUGUGAGAUUGUAGUGGCACUGGAUGUGCUCUUCUGCACAAGUUCCAUCAUGCACCUGUGUGCCAUCAGCCUGGACCGCUACCUGUCCAUUUCCCGGCCAGUGCAGUAUGCCACCCAGCGCACCCCUCGCAAGAUCAAGGGCGCCAUUGUGGUGGUGUGGCUCAUUUCUGCCAUCAUCUCUUUCCCCCCACUGGUUGCCGUAAAUAAGACCCAGGAUGGGGACUGCCCACAGUGCAAAAUCAACGAGGAUGUAUGGUACAUCCUGUACUCUUCCAUUGGGUCAUUCUUUGCCCCGUGCCUCAUAACGAUCCUGGUGUACGUUCGCAUCUAUCAGAUUGCCAAGAAGCACAUUCAAUGUCCUCCAGGAGAGCCAAGAAAAGACAUCGCAUACAGUGUCCCUUUGGGAGGGGUGUUGCAGGGCGGCAAAGACCAGGGAGGUGUUGACCCUGCAAAUGUUCCCAAUUUGGCUGCUUCCAGAUCUGAAGCCAUAAACUAG